UGCUCACCCACUCCCUCAGGAGUAGUGAGCGUGUGCCCUUCGCAGACCCGGGUCCUGCUGUGGUCCCAGUGACAGAGCCAAGACUGGAAGGUUAACCGGGCUCAGAGAGAAGGUUAAAGUUGAGAACAAGCCAGAAUCUGAUGCAGAUAGCGCUAAACCUGAGCUAGAAACAGGAAGUGGUGCACGGUCAACUGCAGUGCCCGCUGAAGUGCCCUGUAGGAACGUAACGAUGCCCGGUCCAGGCGAGGAGCAGAGUUCUGGCAGUAAGAAGGUGGUGAGGGUUGUCCGAAGGGUUGUUAGACGAGUGGUUCCUGCUGGGACUGAAGAGCACAACCAGAACCAGCCUGCUGUUCCUGAGUCAGCUAGGGUGACGGUCAAAACUGCUAAGGCUCCUGGGGUGGACAAGGAUGAUAUCUCUAUGGGUUUGACCAGCCUGAUGGGCAGAAGUCGAACCAAGGAGCACCGACCACGCACCCGCACCCAGGACCGCAAAGAGGAAGAUGGGAAGCCGGAUGAGGAGAAAGAAGAUGAAGAGGAGGAAAAGCAAACAGUGCAAAAAGCAGAGGAGGUCACAUCCAAAUCCACAUCUACUCCUUCAUCACCAAAGCCACCACCACCAAAGGUUAAUCUCCUCACUCCUCCUGCUGGGUUUAUCCCUCAACCCAAGCCUGACCCCUUGGCACCACCGGCUGGUUUCAUCCCUGCCCCCAGACAGAAUCUCUUGUCUCCUCCACCUGGUUUUAUUCCUGCCAGGAAAACCAGUCCAGGUCCGCCAAAACAGAAUACCCUCCCAAGACCCCCAGGAUUCAUCCCCAUCCCAAAGACGGACCCACUGGCUCCUCCAGCAGGGUUCAUCCCUAAACCUCGCACAUUCGGUGUAAAGAAACCAGAGGUAAAUGAGACAUCAUGCCCCCCUGUGGCUCCCAAUGGUAAACGGUCCCCCGUUGCUCUGCCCCAGGCUCAGACUACACCAAAUGAGCAGGUGCCAGUGCUGAUUCCCACUGAGGAAGAUUUUAAGCGUGUCACAAGGAUCUUCACCACCAAUGACAAUGACCGUGCCAAAGGCCACAAAUCCUCUCAGCCCAAACUUGUUGAAGACCCUGUGGCCGUCCUUCAGGCAGCACACUCAGCUGCAACUAAGGGAAAGACUGAGGAGCAGAUCACAGCAGAGAGAGCCUGGUAUAACACAGAGAAAGUAUGGCUUGUCCACAAGGAUGGAUUUUCACUGGCAACUCUCCUGAGGACGGAGGCGGGCAGCCUGCCAGAGGGGAAGGUGAAAAUCCGCCUGGAGAGUGAUGGAUCUUUAUUGGACGUGGAUGAAGAUGAUGUAGAGAAGGCAAACCCUCCAGUGUCUGACCGAGUGGAGGACCUGGCCUCUCUGCAGUAUCUGAAUGAGUCGAGCGUGAUGCACUCCCUGCGGCAGCGAUACGGUGGCAACCUGGUGCACACACACGCUGGACCCAGCAUGGUGGUUAUUAACCCCAUUAGUGCCCCCUCGAUGUACUCGGAGAAGGUAAUGCAGAUGUUCAAAGGCUGUAGAAGGGAGGAUACUGCCCCUCACAUUUACAGCAUGGCCCAGGCCGCCUAUAGAAAUCUCCUGACAACUCGCCGAGAUCAGUCCAUUGUCCUGCUGGGAAAGAGCGGCAGUGGCAAGACCACCAACUGUCAACACAUCAUCCAAUAUCUGCUCACUAUUGCUGGCAGCACCAACAAAACCUUCUCCACAGAGAAAUGGCAGGCGGUCUACACAGUUUUGGAGGCUUUCGGAAACGCCUCCACCUGUAUGAACGGGAAUGCGAGCCGCUUCUCUCACAUUGUUUCUUUGGACUUUGACCAGGCGGGUCAGAUGACCUCAGCCUCCAUCCAGACUAUGCUUCUGGAGAAGGUGAGGGUGACCAGAAGACCGGAAGGAGAGUCCACCUUUAACGUCUUUUACUACCUGAUGGCAGGAGCGGACAGCUCUCUGAGAACGGAGCUGCAUCUCAACCACUUUGCUGAAAACAAUGCAUUUGGAAUCAUGCCUCAGACAAAGACUGAGGAGAAGCAGCGGGCCUCUCAGCAGUUUUCCAAGCUUCAAGCAGCAAUGAAGGUUCUGGGAAUGAGUGGUGACGAGCAGAAGGCCUUCUGGCUCGUCCUCGGGGCCAUUUGCCAUCUAGGAGCAGCAGGAGCUACCAAGGCCGGCAGGAAACAGUUUGCCCGUCAUGAGUGGGCCCAGAAGGCAGCCUACCUGCUGGGCUGCACCCUGGAAGAGCUCUCCUCCGCCAUCUUCAAGCACCAGGCCAAGGGCAGCCUGCCCAGAGGAGGUGGUGCUGGUCGACAGGCUUCUGAGGAAAAUGGCUCGGCAGACGCAGGAUCUAAGGCUACAGCCAUGGACUGUUUAGACGCCAUGGCAUCAGGACUUUACUCUGAAGUCUUCACUGUCCUUAUUUCUCUAAUAAACCGGGCCUUGAAGUCCAGCCAGAACUCCCUGUGUUCUCUUCUCAUUGUGGACACACCAGGCUUUCAGAACCCCAGGCUGGGGAAGCGUGAGUGCGGUGCAACCUUUGAGGACCUCUGUCACAACUACACUCAAGAACGGCUACAAACGCUCUUCUACCAACGCACCUUUGUGCAGGAGCUGGAGAGAUACAAAGAGGAGAACAUCGAGCUCGCUUUAGAUGACCCAGAGCCCAGCACCUCUCUCUCUGUCGCAGUGGUAGACCAAGCCUCAAGUCAAGCACUGGUACGAACAGUUCGGACAGAGGAGGCCCGGGGCCUGUUGUGGCUGAUGGAGGAGGAGGCAGUGCAGCCUGGUGGAUCAGAGCAAACACUGUUAGGACGUCUCUUUAGCUACUAUGGACCUGCUGAGGGCGAGAGUAAAGGUCACACUUUCCUCUUGAAGAGUGAAAAGGAAAAUAAUUUCCUGCUGGGUCACAGUCACGGGACAGACUGGGUGGAGUAUAACGUCUGUGGGUGGCUGAACUACGCCAAGCAGAAUCCUGCCUCUACCAAUGCUGCGAGCCUCCUGCACGACUCCCAGAAGAAGAUCAUCAGCUCACUGGUAAUGAGCCGAGCGGGUGGAGCCACCGUUCUGUCCGGUUCCAUCGCAGGCUUUGAAGGUGUUUCGCAGCUGUCCUUGCGACGAGCCACGAGCAUGAGAAAGACCUUCACCACAGGCGUGGCCGCUAUCAAGAAGAAGUCCUUGUGCAUCCAGAUAAAACUUCAAGUGGAUGCUCUUCUAGACAUGGUGCGGAGGUCCAGGAUUCACUUUGUUCACUGCAUAUUGCCCAAGGCCGAUGCCCUGAAGGCUCUGAGUGGAUCCAUGUACAGAGGAGGGGAAUGUGAGACUCAAGGGGAGAGUGGAGAUUCAGGCCUAAUGCAGUUGGAUGUGGCGCUUCUCCGCGCUCAGCUGCGUGGCUCCAAGCUGCUCGACUCUCUGCGGAUAUACAGACAAGGUUACCCCGAUCACAUGGUGUUCUCCGAGUUUCGGCGGCGCUUUGAUGUGCUGGCGCCGCACCUCACCAAGAAGCACGGGAGGAAUUACAUAGUGAAGGACGAGAGGAGAGCGGUGGAGGAGCUACUUGAGUCCUUGGAUUUGGAGAAGAGCAGCUUCCACAUGGGACUGAGCAGGUUGUUCUUCAGAGCUGGCACCUUGGCAAAGUUGGAGGAACAGAGGGAUGAGCAGACCAAGCGUAAUCUGACCCUGUUCCAAGCGGCCAGUAGAGGCUUCCUGGCACGGCAAGCCUGCAAAAAAAGAAAGAUCCAGGAUCUGGCAAUCCGCUGCGUCCAGAAAAACAUCAAGAAGAACCGUGGCGUGAAGGACUGGCCAUGGUGGAAGCUCUUCACCACAGUGCAGCCCCUCAUUAAGGUCCAACUCAGUGAGGAACAGAUGCGAAGCAAAGACGAGGAGCUGCAGCUGCAGAAAUCCAAACUGGAGAGGGUGGAGAAAGAGCGAAAUGAGCUGAGACUGAACACGGAUCGAUUGGAGAGCAGGAUCACUGACUUACUGGCAGAGCUGGCUGAUGAGAGAAGCACCAGUGAGUCAGUAUCACAGCUGCUGGAGACCGAGACUUCAGAGAGACUUCACCUGGAGAAGGACAUGAAGGAUCUACAGGCUAAGUUUGAUGCCAUGAAGAAAAAACUAGAAGCACAAGAGAUGGAGUUGAUGGAAGCUCGACUCAUGAAAACAUCAGAGCUCAAUGGGGAGAUGGACAAUGAUGAUGAUGCUGGAGGGGAGUGGCGGAUAAAAUACAACCGAGCCAUUCGUGAAAUGGACUUCACCAAACAGAAGCUACAACAGGAGUUUGAUGAGAAGCUGGAGACAGAGCAGCAGAGCAAAAGACAUCUUGAGAGAAGGGUGGCUGAUUUGCAGACAGAUAACGAGGAUGUGCAGCGCAUUGUGCAGCAGCUGAAGAAAAAGUGUCAGAAACUUACAGCAGAGCUACAGGACACUAAGCUUCACCUGGAGGGACUGCACAGCCGGAACCACGAGCUGGAGAAGAAACAAAGGAAAUUUGACCUGGAGCAGAACCAGGCUCAGGCCGAGGUGCAAAGAGAAAGGAGCCAGCGGGAGAAAUUGGCUCGAGAGAAAGAUAUGAUGACUGGAGAAAUGUUUAACCUCCGUCAGCAGCUGCAGGACAAGGACGGUGAAUUGUGCACUGCAAGUAUGAAGGUGCAGCAGCUGGAGGCAGAACUGCAGGAUCUGGCCUCCCAGGAGUCCAAGGAUGAAGCCUCUCUAUCCAAGUUGAAAAAGCAGCUUCAUGACCUUGAGGCUAAGGUGAAAGACCAGGAGGAAGAGCUGGAUGAACAGGCUGGAAGCAUCCAGAUGCUAGAGCAGGCAAAGCUGCGGCUUGAGAUGGAGAUGGAGCGACAGCGGCAAACUCACUCUAAAGACAUUGAGAGUAAGGACGAAGAAGUGGAUGAGAUUAGGCGCUCCUGCAGUAAGAAGCUGAAACAGAUGGAGGUGCAGCUGGAGGAAGAGUAUGAAGACAAGCAGAAAGUGUUGCGUGACAGAAGAGAGUUGGAGUCUAAACUGCUGAAUGCCCAGGACCAGGUGAGUCAGCGGGAUGUGGAGACAGAGAAGAGACUGAGGAAGGACCUGAAGAGAACCAAAGUCCUUCUGGCUGAUGCUCAGAUUAUGCUGGACCACCUGAAGAGUAACGCCCCCAGCAAGAGGGAGAUCGCCCAAAUCAAAAAUCAACUGGAGGAGUCAGAGUUCACCUGCGCCGCGGCAGUGAAGGCUCGGAAGAGUAUGGAGAUUGAAAUUGAGGACUUGCAUAUCCAAAUGGACGACAUGGUCAAAGUCAAGAUGUCGUUGGACGAGCAGGUCAGUCGGCUGCAGAGAGAGAAGAAUGACCUGCAGUCGCGCAUGGAGGAGGAUCAGGAAGACAUGAACGAGCUGAUGAAAAAACACAAGGCCGCAGUUGCUCAGUCUGCCAGAGACUUGAGCCAGAUCACUGACCUGCAGGCUCAGCUGGAAGAGGCCACGAAGGAGAGACAGGAGAUCCAAGAAAAGCUUCAUUCGCUGCAGAGUCAGCUGGAGUUUCAGGAACAGUCCAUGGUGGAAAAGUCUCUUGUGAGCCGUCAGGAGGCCAAGAUCCGUGAGCUGGAGACAAAGCUGGAGUAUGAGAGGACACAGAUCAAACGCUUGGAGAGUCUGGUGGGUCGCCUAAAGGAGAAUCUGGAGAAGUUGAUGGAGGAGAGAAACCAGCACAUUGCUGCAGAAAACAGGGAGAAGGAGCAGAAUAAACGGAUGCAGAGGCAGAUAAGGGACCAGAAAGAAGAAAUGGCAGAGCUGUCCAAGAAGGAGGGAGAGGCGAGCCGCAAGAAGCACGAGCUGGAGAUGGACAUCGAGAGCUUGGAGGCGGCAAAUCAGAGCUUACAAGUGGACCUUAAGCUGGCAUUCAAGAGGAUAGGUGACCUGCAGGCUGCUAUCGAGGACGAGAUGGAGAGUGAUGACAAUGAUGACUUAAUCAACAGUUUGCAAGACACGGUGACAAAAUAUCAGAAAAGAAGGAACAAAACUGCUGAGGAUACAGAGACAGAUUCGGAGGUGGAGGACCGAGUGGACGGUGUCAAGUCUUGGCUCUCGAAGAACAAAGGCUCCACUAAGACCAUCUCAGAUGAAGGAAGCCUGAAAAACACCAGAUACGCAGCAAAUGCAGAUACCAAGGAGGUGAAAGAAGGUAAGGAGAAGAUGAGUGACACCAGCAAAGAUGGGAAAGACAUAGAGCAAAUCAGAUCAGUGUCUGUCAUGAGUUCCCUGAGCUACAGGAAACGCUCCAACCUGAAAGACUCCAUUGGGGGGACGGGCGACGAAAACUCCUUAUUUAGCACUCUCAAAGAGCAGCCUGACAUGCCAGACCAUACCUCGCUUCGUAAAGCCAAGUCAAAGUCUGGAGAGCUCCAGGAAGAAAGGAAGAAGAGCCAGGCCCAGGAAGACUUAGAUGACAAAGGCUCUGUCAUCUCCUUGGCGUAUUCUGAGGCCACCAGCAGAGCCCGAAAGGGCCUGGAGUCCCGCUGGACCUCCCGCAGCAGCCCUGAAUUUGAUAAGGAGUCCAUGGUGUCAUCUGUGGUUCCCAGCAGGAUGUCCACCAGGAGGAGUAUGUUGGACAUGGAGGAUGACAAUAAGUCGACGAUCAGCAGCGUGAGCCGCUCCAGUCCCCGAUCGCUGCAUCGCAGCACUUCUUGGAAAGAUGAGAGACAAACCAGUUCACGCUUGUCCCUUGCCCGAAGCUGCGGCCUCAGCGAAUUUGGACUGCGUUUACGUGACAAUGAUGACGAUGAUGCCCAGAGUGUAGCUUUCAGUGAAGGGGGGACUUCACCUUAUAGUCCCCGCUCAGGGAGUCGCAGCUUUUCUACCCCGGCUCAACCACGGUCCUCAGACGGCAACGCGACAGAAUUAUCUGACAUUAAAACAGUCACACACCGCAACUACCUCGAUCCUGACUUGGAGGCGGCAAUCAACGAGGUGCUGAGCUUCAAACCCAUUAAAUUCAAGCGCAGCAAACUCAGUGAUUCUAGUGGUGAGGAGGAGGAUGAGAAGACGACAAUGGGAAGUGAAGAAAUGAAGAAGAAGGGGGAGGAUGAGGGGCUUGGCUGCAGUUCAUCCAGCCUGCUACGCUCCUCAUCAAGCUCUGCUCUGGACUACAGUAAUCGGUCAUCCAGCACCCUGAGCACCAGCAGCUCCCGCAGUCGCAGAGAUAAAAAGAGUAGAGUCUCUCCAUCAGACGACUCGUCAGAUGAUCAUCACAGCAGGAAGAGCUCAAGGAAGAAGAAAAACAAGAAGUCCAAGAGGAGAUCUAACAAGAAGCCGAGUGAGUCUGAGGAUUCCUCUUCCUCCUCUGAGUCGUCGUCGUCAUCGUCGUCAUCGUCCUCUUCCUCCUCCUCCCACUCCACCGUCUCCUACCGCAGCUCAAGCAGCAUUAAACGAGCCCCAAAACACCCGGAUGACGACGAUGAUGAUGACAAGGAGGUCACAGGUCGCGCACAACCUAAGAAGAAGGAAUCCAAGAAGAAGCAAAAGAAGAUGGAUAACUUGGUGAUGAAGUAUAUGUACAGGCCUGGCAGUGACUGACAUCCUCCUGUGUGCCGCAGACACCUGAGCGUCGGCAGAUCUGAUGAAGAGGAGGAAGUGCAAAGAGGCUCAAGCGGGCAGUCGCUAAAGCA